GGUCCAUGUGCUUGCUGGCGGUGUGGGCGUGAGGGGGCAGAAGGGGAGGUGAUCGCCAUCUUAUCCUCCUUGCGUGCGUGGCGAUUGGUUUAGCGGCUUUGACACGCAUCCCACUCGUACGCUCAUGUGAUGUCCUUAUAUGCUAACCGCUCAUUCAUACGCCACCUAGCGCGUUCGUACGUCAAUUUUCCCUGUUGCGGCAUCCCCUCCUAUCUUGGACUUACGGUCACGGGGAGCGCGCUUAUUUUGGCCUAAGUACUUGACUCGUAUCUGCCGCUGACAGAUGGAUGGGAGGCAGGGUUGUUUAGCUCCCCUCCCACGUUGCUUGCGGUGUGUCUGAUUUCGUUGCUGCUGCGAUGCACAAUGUGACGUGUUUAUGCAUUCAGUCCUGAAGCGCGUUCUUUCACGGGGAGGCUGUGCUGCUGCUGCUGCGACUAUGACACUGCUUGGACAGAGGGAGAUGCAUGGGGAGAGUGAACCUUACAACUGCUAGCUUGUGGAUGGCAAUAGUGAUGAAUAUAGGCCAGUACUAAUGUGCGACGGCUUACAAGAAAGCAGUUGUGUGGAAGAAUACUGCAACAGAUGCCGCAGGAGGCGCAGGCAGGCGUGUACUGUUUGGAAGGUGCGUUUAUAGCCCCGUUCCCGCUUUCUGCUGCCGUAUAUAACACACUGUUUUACGUUUCUUAUCUUACUAAAGGAGGUGAUUGAUUCGUUUACAGUGUCACCCACCACACUUGUUGCAGAAACUUGGCGCAUGUAUUCGUACAUGUCUGCGCCGCUACAUGAGCAAAACACUUCGUUACCGUAUGCUAUGUAAAGUGUACUACGCGCUAGGUGUUAUGAAGCUCAUGCAUUACCGUAGGCAGGCGUCGUCGAACGGUGGUCCGACGACGAGCGUUACAUGGACAUACCCCUGCUGACGGGCUUGCAAGUGCACCACAUCCUAUUUUAGGCUAAGUGGAUGGCGCAAUGAAUUGGCGAAAGCACGCCCCGAAUUUCGGUACUUUUGGUACUCGAUCCGAAACUAGGUACAAGGUAGGAUAAGGAAUCGUACUACGGACGUACUCGGUCGAGCAAUCACUAGGUUCGGUUGUAAUUUUCAGGAACAAGUAGGUAGGUUAGUGAUAACAGCGUUUGUAAAAGAUACUUGGAUUAAGUCUACGUUCCUUUGUGCUCCGAAGUUUGGUCAUCUUGUCGGCAACGCUUUCGGCGUUACUUCCCGCUAUGGCUCAAUUGCAAUAUGCUCGUGCACUGUUUUAUAAUUUGCCACCCGAUGGGAAAGGGGAAGAGCAGGUGCUGCCGAGUGAUGACACCCAAACGUUGCGCAUAGCUUCAAUUUUCAUCGUUUUAGCAGCAGGCUUCAUAGGCGGCCUUCCGCCUUUGUUUCUCAAGGUCUUCCGUGACCCUGACAGCACAACAAAUAGACUGGCUCGCUCCUUUUCCGCCGGCGUCAUCGCAACCCUUGCGCUGGUGCACGUUAUUCCAGAGGCCAUCUCGGACAUGUCUUCACUAGGCUCCAAGUACCCCCUUGGUGGCGUCUGCGUGAUGGGCGGUGUACUGCUGAUGGUGGGGCUUGAGCACCUGACACACAUCAUGCACCCAGCUAGUGGGGGCGACAAGCGGGGUCAUCGUGUAACAGCAAAUGGCGACAACCGCAACGCGGUGUCGUGUCCUAACCAUGCGUAUGCGAAAUCAUGGUCCGUGGUUUCAGAGCAGGUCGGUUGGUUGCUUGCAUCGCCCAAGCAUGUCCAACUCGUAGGCACUUGCAGUUAUCUUUAUGUUUCUUUUUAUACCAGCGGUUGAGUGAUACCAGUGGUUGAGUUGCCGCGUUCGUGUAUCUGUUCGUUGUUGCUUCCCUGGAGCGACAGAUCUUGUGCCGCAGUCUUUGCCUUCGG